AUGGUGCUUCUGGUGUGCUGUAUUCAUUACUCAAGUGCUUGUGGUCCAGGCCGAGGGGGGAUUCGGAGAGCCAAUCGAAAACUGACGCCUCUAGUUUACAAGCAGCACGUUCCCAACUUCUCUGAGAGGAGUUUGGCCGCCAGUGGACCCUUUCACGAGCGAGUCGGACGACAGAGUCAAGCAUUCAAAUUCUUUCGACCCAACCAAAAUGACGACAUCAUCUUCAAAGAUGAAGAGCAAACCGGGGCAGACCGUCUCAUGACCAGGCGCUGUUUGGAGAAGCUCAACACGCUGGCCAUUUCCGUGAUGAACCAAUGGCCAGGGGUUCGACUUCGAGUGACCGAGGCAUGGGACGAGGAUGCCCACCAUUCCCAUCAAUCUCUACAUUACGAAGGUCGCGCUGUGGACAUUACCACCUCUGAUCGGGAUCGAACAAAGUACGGCCUUUUAGCGCGGUUGGCCGUCGAAGCUGGCUUCGAUUGGGUUUACUAUGAAUCCAAAUCCCAUAUUCAUGCUUCAUGCAAGACCGAGGCCACGGACAAAUCCAUGGGAGGUUGCUUUCCAGAAAAAUCUUGGGUUCGCACGGCUUACGGCAAGAAACUGCGUCUGGAUCAUCUCGACGUUGGGGAUGAGAUUUUGUGCAUUGACCAGAACGGUCAGUUCAAAUUGUCUCCCGUUAUAGCAUUUCUACACAAGAGUCCCAAUGAAAAUCAGACAUUUCUCCAAAUCGAAACUGAUAGUGGUCACACCUUGAGUAUCACGCCCAAGCAUCUCAUAUUUGUUCCUGAACAUAAUCACAUCAAUGAUGUGGAACAAAGUGGGAGUAGCAUUGUGGCCCAAAUGGCCAAGGAAGUACAAAUUGGACAAGACAUUUUGAUCCAACACAAUGCCAAACAAUUCCGCAGUGCCAAAGUUGUUCAAAUAAAUGUGGUCAUUGAAAAGGGCUUGUACGCUCCUUUGACCGAGGAGGGCACCGUGAUAGUCAACGACAUCUUGGCAUCCUCAUAUUCACAUGUGCACAGUCAUUCUCUAGCGCACGCAUCAUUUUUGCCAAUGCGUCUCUUCUAUAACCUUCGAUCCCAUUAUUCUACGGGACGUGCCAAUAGACUUUCAUCUUCUGAGCAUUCUGAAAUAAUCGAGAAUACAGUCGAGGGCAUUCAUUGGUACGCACGAGGUUUGUCGUACUUGGGGGCUCUUUUUCUGGACGAAGAUUGGGCGUCCUAGAAUGAGUUGAAGCUGCAACAAACAAGGGUAACCGAGACCCUCUCCAAUUGUUGCAACAUUCAAUAUGCUGGCUGUGAUAUGUCUUGAUGUCUCAAUUACUUUUUAUGUCUCAUAUAUGACACGAGAGAAUAAAACCAUAUUUAUAAUUUGUGAAA